CUUUGUAGCCUUGGACAAACAACAAAGAAAGAGGCCCGUAAAGCAACACUUUGAAUCUGCAAAACACAUUCUCAGAAACCGAAGAGAGAGAAACAGACAACACAUAGAGAGAGAAACAGAGGAAGUCGUUGAGUUGUUCUUGCUGUUGUUUAGCUGCUAAGCUAAGAAUCCCUCCAUACUUACAAAACUCCCAUCAUCGAAUAAUCAUUCAUUCAACAAAAAAACAAUCAAACGAAUUCAUGCAAUCAAACCUUUGUUAAUUGCCCAAUUGGGGAAGAUUAAAAAGCAAUUGAAAUGAUUGGAGUUGGUAUUGCUGCAUCAUCAUCAUCAUCAUCAAGAAGAAGAAUUGGUGAUCAUCGUCGUCAAAGAACAGUAGCAGAAGUGUCACACUCAUUGCUUAAUUCAGUGCCCUAUUUGUGGCGCUUUCAAUGACCAUGAUCAUUUGCUUUCAAUCACCCUUCACUCGGAUCUCAGCUGCAGGUCCUGUUUCACAAUCGUCAUUUUCUCUCUCCUCUUUCUUUUUACUUCUCUCAUGGAUGCUUCUUCCUAUCGUCCUGCUGUCGUUAUCGACAAUGGCACCGGGUAUACUAAAAUGGGGUUUUCUGGGAAUGUGGAACCUUGCUUCAUAGUCCCAACAACUGUUGCAGUGAAUGAUUCUUUUGUAAACCAACCAAGAACAUCGAAUAAGGGCAGUAAUUGGUUGACUCAAUAUAAUGCUGGCGUUAUGGCUGAUUUGGAUUUUUUCAUUGGAGAUGAGGCAUUGGCGAGAUCUAGGUCUAGUAGUACUUAUAGUUUGAACUAUCCCAUUAAGAAUGGGCAGGUGGAGAACUGGGAUGCUAUGGAAAGGUUUUGGCAACAUUGUAUUUUUAACUAUUUACGCUGUGAUCCAGAAGAUCACCACUUCUUGUUGACCGAAAGUCCUCUGACACCUCCUGAAAGUCGAGAAUAUACAGGUGAAAUCAUGUUCGAGACUUUCAAUGUUCCCGGGCUUUACAUUGCAGUGCAGCCUGUGCUAGCUUUAGCUGCUGGUUACACUACAUCAAAGUGCGAGAUGACAGGGGUUGUAGUGGAUGUUGGAGAUGGGGGUACGCAUGUUGUACCUGUUGCAGAGGGCUAUGUUAUUGGCAGCAGUAUCAAGUCAAUUCCCAUUUCUGGAAAAGAUGUCACCCUUUUCGUCCAACAGCUUAUGCGGGAAAGAGGAGAAAAUGUGCCGCCGGAAGACUCCUUUGAAGUUGCUCGACAAGUGAAGGAGAUGUAUUGCUACACUUCUUCAGAUAUUGUCAAGGAGUUCAACAAACAUGACAAGGAGCCUUCUAAAUAUAUCAAACAAUGGAAAGGGAUAAAGCCAAAGACUGGAGCUCCAUAUACCUGUGAUAUUGGCUAUGAGCGGUUCCUUGGUCCUGAGGUUUUCUUCAAUCCAGAGAUCUAUAACAGUGAUUAUACCACUCCUUUACCGGCUGUUAUUGACAAGUGUAUCCAGUCUGCACCAAUUGACACCAGGCGAGCACUGUACAAGAAUAUAGUGUUGUCUGGUGGCUCAACGAUGUUCAAGGACUUCCACCGUAGAUUGCAAAGGGAUAUAAAGAAGAUUGUUGAUGCUCGAGUUCUUGCAUCCGAGGUACGGCUUGGUGGAGAAAUGAAGUCACAACCAGUGGAAGUCAAUGUAGUAAGCCAUCCUAUCCAGAGAUAUGCAGUAUGGUUUGGGGGAUCUGUACUUGCUUCAACUCCUGAGUUUUAUGGAGCCUGCCAUACUAAAGCGGAGUAUGAAGAAUACGGGGCAAGUAUAUGUCGCACGAAUCCCGUUUUCAAAGGGAUGUACUGAUGCGAAAGGCACUGCAACGAUGUACUGUAUCUUAUGCAAUUUUGGCUUUGCGAUUUCCACUUCCGAAAUAUUAGGACCACGGUUUAUGCAUAAUGCAUGCUCGUAACACAUCAGGUAGUCAUGUUGUGUUUUGACUUUUGAGGCAACAGGGGAGUGGUGUAAAUUAGAAAUUACUUUGUAAUAAGAAAUGUUUGAUAUCCCUUUUGUAGUAUUUCUUUUGUUAGGAAUGUAGGUUGGAACUCUACAUUGCCAUUGGAUACUUUGAAUAGAACUCUUGUAGUUGUUACUACUACGUAGUACGGAGUACAUGAUAGUCAAUUGGUUAUACUUUUUACAUUUUGGUCACAAAUUCACAAUGAAUUCUUCUUCAUUCUUUUCUA